AGUAGCACUCGGUGUCUCGCAGCGGGUGGCCGCGCCGCCCGCCCAACGCAGCUACACUUUCGCGGGCAUGUCGCUAACGUACAACAAAUAAAGUUUCAACUUUUACUCAAAUAAAGUGAACUGAAUCAGUGUUUAGUGUGACUUUUGUGUGUUAAACUGGAGUUCCGUGGAUUUUCUCAGUUUUUAUACUUAAGAUCAUACCGAGUGAGAUGCUAUGGAACGCGGCAGCUGCAGUAAGGUGACGUCAUCAAAGAGAAUGGAGCAACGCAAGUUUGACGGCCCAGCAUGGAACGGUUAGGGUGAAGUGAGAGUGAGACAGAGAGACCCAAACCCCAUGGAGGUGAACGGGACGGAAGCGCGGGCCGAGGAGGCGGCAGUGACGCUCGCGCUUAGCGUUGCCGUCACCGUCAUCUCCGCCAUUGGACUGCUGCUCAACGCCUACAUAUUGUUCAUCAUAGUUAUUACUAAACAGCCGGCAUCAGCGUCGUCAGUGCUGCUGGUUCACCUGGGCGCGGUGGGUGCGCUGGCGAGCGGCGCAGCGCUGUGUGGCGGCGGGGGCGCUUGCGUCUGCAGCGCUUUGUUGCACGCCUUGCACCCGCUGCAGCUGUGGACCGUGUGUGGCCUACAUGCCGACCGGGCUGCUGCCAUUGCUGCACCGCUGCAUUAUGCUGCUAUCGUUUCCGCCAAAAAGGUAUUAAUUUGCGUGGCCAGCGGCUGGGUAGCAACGGCAGCUUUACUGGCACCACUAGCAGCAGCGCAGCCUCCGCUGGCGUACAGCGCCGGGCUGGGCAACUGUGCGCCAGACUGUGGAGCCGGACCAGCUGCACUUGGUUUCUGCAUCGUGUACGCGUCGGUCACGUUGAUCCUGCCUGCUGCACUCGUCCUUCUCUGCAGCCUGAAGAUCCUCCGCAUUGCACGCUACCAUCGACACAGGAUUGCAGCGGCUAUAUAUGAAGUGACUCUAUCGGCACAAGUGACGGUGACACACCAAAGAAAUCCAUUCUCCCCUCCACCUCCACCACGCAGAAGGGCGCUGUCGGCUGUACUUCAGCCUCUAGGUUCACUUGCCAUAUUAUACUUCCCUUAUUACUGUGUGUUGAUAUGGCCCGCGGUGGCGGUGCCCCCACAGCCGCUAGCUGCUCUAUCUGCUGCUCUUUUAGCAGCCGCACCACCAGUGAAUGGUAUCUUGUACGGUAUAAGGAGUCGAGCUCUGCGUGACUCACUUCGUAAUUAUAGGAGAAAACGAAUGACAAAAAGCGAAGUGACACAAGAGAUACAGGCGAGGACUCCCAGUGCAUGUGGCUCUAGACGACCCUCGCUAUCUGCUGGAUCAGGCUGUAUACGACCACCAACUACUAGGAGACUAUCGGAUGCAGCGGCGAUGGGUUCGAGAGGUUCAGAGCGACCAGCGCAACGUGCAGCAUCUUGUAACAUGCUGCAAGACUCGCAGGAGGAAGAGGUGGUGCCACGACCUCGGACGUCGGCUAUCCCUAUAAUCCGAGCUCCUCCACAUGUGGUCCUUGGUCGUGCUCUAGGACUUGAAGAGAUGGGUGGUACGCGCGAUCGACGACGUCGCCAAUCGCCACGUAUCACCGUGACGCGUGCCAUGUCAGAUGAGAGUGAGUCACCGACGCGGCGGCCACUGUGUCGGCAGCAGUCGCGGUCGAGCGGGGCCUUGCUGGGCGGCGUUCCAUACUCGCCCGCCAUCUCGGAGCACGUGCACCUGGACAGCCACGCCGAUGAGCAGCUGCUGCUGACCUGGCCACAGAACGGCACUCACGAGAAACACGACGCUUUAUAAAACGGGUAUUACGCUUAGAGUAGUCGCUGAUGUAUGUGUAUAAAUAUAUAAAGACAAUAAGUAAAUGUGUGUGCGGUUCGAAGUCGGGUUGCUUCGGUGUUUUGAGAUGUUGUUAUUUUUUAAUCGCUUCGUCCACCCGUCUCUCGACCUCCCCGGACGGUGACCAAAUAUUAUAUGAAGUUUCCUAUAACUAUUUACAACUGUAUCGUAGGCGUACGAUUUCUCCUACAGGGUUCCUCCAUAUCGUUAGCUUUACCUACUGAAGUAUUACUUUAGUGUAUCGUAAAGAUAAUUUCCGAAAUAUUCCAUAGGUUUAGUGAUACGAGAUUAUGUUGUCUUAUUUUAUGAGCUGUUUACUUUGAAAUUUAUUUGUUUAAAGUUUUACACGUAAGAGAAAGAGUAUAUUGAAUGUUAAAUCAAUUUCGUUACGAACAUACAAAUGAAGCCAAAUAUAUUUUGAUAGUCAGCUUAUCUCUCAAUAUGAUUGAUUGCAGAAUGAGCCUCGUGUUACUGCAACAGCAUUUAUUUGUUUCAUCGAUGAAGCAGGUUCAUUGUUGCGUUCAGAGUAUAGCGUAGUUAGUAUGGAAAAUAAUAAAAAUCUAUAUUUGUGUAAAUAAUGAUAUUCUAGUGUAUAGGUUCAGAUGCGACAAAUGAAGACCAAGGUCAGGCUUGUAAGUAGUUUUGUAUAGAUUUAUAGUGACUUAUCAAAUGACGUGAGCGCUUACCUUGAUCUUGGUGAAAGAACGGAUUGUACACUUGAACAGUUCAAUACUUCUGGAGUAAGUAGCCCUUAGUUCCUUGUUUAUUUACCUUGAACAUAUAUAUAUUGUAUGUUCCAACCGUCUCAUGUCAUUUGAGCAAGUUCGUUUAGCUUAGACCUAGGUCGGUUGAGUGCACAUAGGUUUGCUAAGUGAUAGUUUAAAUAUGCAACGCUUUUACGCAUCGCAGCCGUCCAACUGGGAAACUCCUGUUCAUUCUGUAGCUCCACACGCUUUCAAAGAUUAUGCCAAACUUAUAUUAAAAUAUGAAAAACGGUCUUUACACCUAAAUAAACAUACCUCU